AUGGCCGAGCUCGUGCAAACGCUGCUAUCGUUUCCGCCGGACUCCAAGGAGCCGCUCACCCCUAAGCAGUACGACACCAAAAUUAAUCACUAUCUGAAAGACCUCAGAAAGGUUCAGCCAGCGCAAUGGACCAAGAAAUAUGAGAAGAAGGAACUCAUCGAACUCCUCGACCCUUCCGUCAAUUCCAUUCCCUACAUGAUUAGCUUGACCGAACUGAUCAAGGCCAACGCCAAGGACAAGAAGCGCAUCGAUCAGCUCGUAUUCAAUGCAGUCGGCUUUCUCACAACUUUCGAUCCAAUACAGGUUCGCUAUGUGGGCAGCGAGUGGCGCGUGUUGCUGGACUGGACCAUCGACUACCUGGGCAAACAUCCGGCCGAUGACGUGAGCUCCAUCUCGACCGCCAUCCUUCGCCUCGACCCAACGGCAGGUACCUUCACAAACAAUCACCUCGCCUUCCUUGAACUGUGUUUGAAGCUUGGUGUACCCAGUCAGGCCAUACCGAUACUCGACCGCGACAUCUACGCAUAUCCGCAGAAGCAUUGGAAGAUUGUGCCUGAAGAGCCUCCCAGCGAAGAGCAUGAGCUGAGUAACGCAUUCAUAACGGAGAAGAGCGGAUUCGCAGAGAAGCUCGAUUCAUCAGAUGUGCUGCAGUACUACCUGCUUGGUGCGCAAGUCUACAUUGCUGUGCGCAACUACAGCAGAGCGCGUCUCUUCCUCGAGUACAUCCUCCUGGCGCCAUCACAACAGCACGCCACCAGCGCUCUGCAAGUAGAAGCCUACAAGAGAUGGCUGCUACUGGGCCUGCUCGCGGAAGGCAGGCAAUACCCACAGCCGAAGACCCUCGAUCAGACCACUCUUAAGAAUGUGAAGGCCUGCUCUAGACCAUACGAAGCUGUGACGGAUGCCUUCUCUAAGCGUGAGAGUCAAAAGCUUGUUGCUGAAAUUCAAACGGGUCAGGAGGUUUGGAUGGAAGAUGGUAACCUACGCUUUGUGAACGAAGUGGUAACCGCCCUUCAACGCUACCGCGUCAUCGACUUGCAGAAGACUUAUGCCGCGCUUCCUGUGACCAGAGUGGCAUCACUACUCCAGGCGCAGCCGGGAGAAACAUUUCAGCAACUUCAAGAAAUGAUUGGAGGCGGCUUCCUCAAUGCCAGUGUCUCUGGUUCCGGCACCGACGCGAUCCUCCGCUUCCACGAUACGACAUCGACCGCACCGACCGACAUCGACCUCGCAGCACAAACCGAGCGAAUACAGAAUCUCGUGACCUUCAUUCGCGAUGCAGACCGCCGACUGCAGCUGACGAAAGAGUACGUCGAGCAUCAGAAGCGCCAGAAGCAUAGCGCAGGAGCAGACGGCGACCUAGCAGACGUGAUGGAUCUCACGUGGGAUGCGCCAAACGCGUCCAACAACACGAUUGAUGACGAUGGAGACGAGGAUAUCAUGGCGUCCUAGCAGAGGAGGUACGUCUCCAUACGUAGCAAAGCAGAAUCUUCUGGAUGAAUCAGCAAGGGGAGCGAGCAUGCUGGUCGUUCAUUGCAUGCUAUUAGCGAGGAGUUGCAUUGUAUGGGCGGGUCAAUAGGCGUAAGGAAGGAAGGUGACCGUGUGCACUGCUUACAGCGCGCAUAUGGAGAGAAGCACGCUAGGAUGGCGAGCUCUGUGCGCUAAGAAACGGUCGCAAGCCAAGAAGUGCACAUAGGUUAGCAGUCUGGGGAUAGAUAUGGCUGACCCAGGCAGUCGUUUCU